AAGAUUUGUUUCAAAACGACGUCACUUUUGCUCACAUUAUCUUCUUCUUCUUCUUCAUCGAACUGCGGAGGCACUUAGCAGCAGUGGCAGAAAUGGCCACCACUUCUGCUUCAUUCGCGAGCUUCUCCGUCAUCUUGCGACCUUCUUCGUCCAAUCCCCAAUUCUUCCUCUUCAACGUCGCUCCCCGAACCGGAACCUCUCAUUCCCGAACCCGUUCGACUCGGUUCAGGUGCUCGGCCGGUCAGACCGGGUUCUUCACGAAACUAGGGCGGUUGAUAAAGGAGAAGGCGAAGAGCGACGUGGAGAAGCUUUUCUCGGGAUUCUCCAAGACCCGCAGCAACCUCGCCGUCAUCGACGAGCUUCUCCUCUAUUGGAACCUCGCCGACACCGAUCGGGUCCUCGACGAACUCGAAGAGGCUCUUUUAGUGUCUGAUUUUGGUCCAAGAAUCACUAUUAAAAUAGUGGAGAAUUUGCGCGAGGAUAUAUUUUCAGGGAAGCUUAAAUCAGGGAAUGAGAUAAAGGAAGCACUGAAGAGGAAUGUUUUGGAAUUAUUAACCUCCAAGGGGAGUAAAACUGAACUUCAACUUGGAUACAGGAAGCCAGCUGUAAUAAUGAUAGUUGGUGUUAACGGUGGAGGGAAGACUACAUCUUUGGGAAAGCUGGCCUAUAGAUUGAAGAAUGAAGGGGCUAAGAUAUUGAUGGCUGCUGGUGAUACAUUUAGAGCAGCUGCUAGUGAUCAGUUGGAAAUAUGGGCCGGACGGACUGGGUGUGAGAUUGUUGUGGCUGAAUCAGAGAAAGCAAAAGCAUCAUCAGUGCUUUCACAGGCUGUAAAAAAGGGAAAAGAGCUAGGUUUUGAUAUUGUAUUAUGUGAUACAUCUGGGCGUUUACACACUAAUUACAGCUUAAUGGAAGAGUUGAUUUCCUGUAAAAAAUCUGUUGCUAAGGUCAUUCCUGGCGCACCUAAUGAGAUCCUACUGGUUCUGGAUGGGACUACCGGUUUGAAUAUGUUGCCACAAGCAAGAGAAUUCAAUGAUGUUGUGGGUGUUACUGGUUUAAUUUUGACCAAACUGGAUGGUUCUGCUAGAGGUGGCUGUGUGGUCAGUGUGGUUGAUGAGCUUGGAAUCCCUGUAAAAUUUGUGGGUGUUGGUGAAGGUGUUGAAGACCUUCAACCCUUUGAUGCGGAGUCCUUUGUGAAUGCCAUUUUUAUUUAAACCAAUAUUGUGGGUUUGGUAUGUACAUCAUGACUUGUCCUUUUCAUUCCUUUCAAAUAUGAUUUUGAAUUCUUUUCAUACAUAAUUGCAGUUAAAAUGUCACCUACAAAAUGUUCUCCUUCUUUACUUUUUCAAUUUCACGAAUUUCAUCCCUCCAUUUUUUUCCCACCAAUUUGAUCCACCACUAUUUUAUAGUACAAUUUUGGUCCAUAUGUUACCUUAACAUUCUGUGUUUAACAGAAAUGAUGACAUGACAGUGCACUAAAGUGCCACAUCAAUAUUUCUACUAAAUAUUGGAUGUCAAGUUAACAGACGGACUAAAGUUGCACACUUAAAAUAAUAGAGGGAUUAAAUCUGUAAAAGCAAAAUGGAAGAAAUCCGCAAAAUUGAGAAAAUUGAAGGACUAAAAGUGAAAUUAAGUCAAUUUAAAAUAUUUCCAAUAGCCACUUGGGGUGCAGGGAUGGGGUAAGCUUGGAGUUAUAGGCCUUUGAUUCAGUUUCUGAAUGAAAAACCCCAAAAAAAUGGAUUAUUAGUUUGUUACUAUUUUGGGUUACUUGCAUAUUUGUCGUUUCAACUUUGAAUCUGUUCUUCUGACAUUGUUGUUUAUGUAAGUAUGUAACUAUUCGGAAUCAUUUGUUAGCAAAAACAGCUUGACAUGAACAUUCAGAGCAACACCUGGUCAACAGGAAAGAUGGCACUUUAUUAUGGAAACCGUUAUUGGGAAGGGCCAAGCAUUGCGAAUAAGUGUACAUGAUUUUGAGGUGCAGAGCUGUUGUUGCUUUUGAGGAACGCUGAGUGUAUACAAUCUUCCUUUUGCAUGCUGUGUCUGAAAGUUUCUGACAAUGCAAAUGAGACGUAGGGUUUAUAAUCACUCCUGUUUAUGAACAGAAGGAUUUUAUUGUGGUGUGCAUAUAGAUGAUACUUAAGGAAAAUGUAAAUACAUUGCUCCAUUGUCUGUCAACAUCUGAUUAAUGACAACUAUUUUUAUUUCUUCGACCUCUCAACGAGGUUAA